CUCUGCCUGUUGAGAGGAAGAAAAUCUUCUUUCAAUCAUGGAAAGUCCUCAAAUUCCGGAGAAUCCUCUUCUUCCUUCUUGUCGGGAAGGGGCCAAAAGAACAAAAAAGGAAAACCUCUCGUCCUCUCUCUCUCUCUCUCUCUCUCUCUCUCUCUCUCUCUGCUUCUGCCAGCAAACGCACGGUUCGCUGUUGUGGCUUCCGAUCCUCAGAGGAUGAGAUGCUCGGUUCAGAGGAUGCUUCCUUCUUGUGAUUACCAUUGAUAUUGUAUUGCUUGGAAUGGGCUGCUCGCAAUUCUGGCUGUGCAGAUGGCCCAACUACGUGACAAGUCGCAAAUGGUUGUAUCUAUUCCUCAUAUAGAAAUGAGUACAUUAGAUGACAGAUCAGGCAUUGAGUUUGAAGAUGAAAGCCUUGUUAGUCCUGCAGCAGUUUCCCUGAAGGCACAUGAUCUAGAUUCAAGGGCAAUGGAGCAACCAAAAAAUGGAUUACUUGGCAGCAUAAGCAUUGUGAUAUUUCAAUCAAAACUCAACGUGCUCUUGAUUUUUGGUCCUAUAGCUCUCUUAGUCCAUGAUCUAACCCAGCAUAAUGGCUGGGUUUUCUUCUUCAGUUUAUUGGGGAUAAUUCCUUUAGCUGAGCGUUUGGGUUAUGCUACGGAGCAACUUGCAUUCUUCACUGGACCUACAGUUGGUGGCCUUUUGAAUGCCACAUUUGGCAAUGCCACAGAGAUGAUAAUAUCUAUAUAUGCAUUAAAACAUGGAAUGGUACGUGUCGUUCAACAGUCACUUCUUGGUUCUAUCUUAUCAAAUAUGUUGCUGGUGCUUGGUGGUGCUUUCUUCUGUGGUGGGAUAGUUCAUUACAAGAAGGACCAGGUUUUCAACAAGUCAGCUGCUAUGGUGAACUCUGGAUUGCUGCUGAUGGCAGUAAUGGGUCUACUUUUUCCAGCAGUCCUUCAUUCUACACAUACUGAGCUGCACUUCGGAGAGUCUGAGAUGGCUUUGUCAAGGAUCAGUAGCUGCAUUAUGCUUGUGGCAUAUGCUUGCAAUCUUGUUUUUCAGCUUAAAAGUCACAAGAACCUUUAUGCUCCUGUUGAUGAGGGUGGGAGUCCAAGUGAAGGAGGAAUAGAUGAUGAUGAAGUUCCAGAGAUCUCAUCAGUUGAAGCUCUCAUCUGGCUAUCGAUUUUGACUGUUUGGGUUUCCUUCCUCUCAGGGUACCUUGUUGAUGCCAUAGAAGGAGCUUCUGAAUCAUUGGAAAUGCCAAUUGCUUUUAUCAGUGUUAUUCUGCUGCCUAUUGUGGGGAAUGCUGCAGAACAUACAAGUGCCAUUAUGUUUGCCAUGAAAGACAAACUUGAUAUUUCAUUGGGAGUUGCAAUUGGUUCAUCUACACAGAUAUCAAUGUUUGUGAUUCCUUUCUGUGUGGUCAUUGGAUGGUGCAUGGGACAGCCGAUGGACCUCAAUUUCCAAAUAUUUGAGACUGCUACACUUUUUAUGACGGUUCUCGUGGUGGCAUUCAUGCUUCAGGAGGGCACUUCUAACUAUUUCAAGGGAUUGAUGCUUCUCCUGUGCUACUUUAUAGUGUCUGCAAGUUUCUUUUUCCAUGUUGAUCCGGCUCUGGGUCCGUCUCAUGGAAGUUGACUGAGCCAGUUAAUCCUGGAGAAGCCCUGGGGACAAGGCAGAGCACAAGUUGGACGACAGAUCUUUUAGAAAGGCGGAGACUCGGAUGCAUUGAAACUGUAAAUAUUUUGUUUUCAUUUCUGAUGUAAUUGGUGCCUCAAAUUAUUUUGCAGAAAAUCAUGUGAAAGCCCUAGAAGCCCAUUCGCUUCUACGAGAUCCUGAUUCUUUGAUAGGAGAACAAUGAAAACAAUACAAAGUUUUGACGGAGGAUACCUAAAUAAGAGAAGAGACAACUUCUAACAGCAUAUUCUUAUGAGAUGUAAUUGCAUGUCCUCUGGCUGACUGAAAUAACUUCCAAUCAGAAGCUGGGACAGUUGGACAUGUACCAAUACAUGAGUAAACUUCUUAUGAAUUGUGAUAAAUGAAAAUACUGCAUUUUUUUCUUCUCAA